GGAGUUUGGGGGAGACAGGUGAACUUUGGGCACUGGACCAUCACCAGCUGUUUAUCAAGGGUUUUAAGUGGAGUUACCCUGUGGUCUACCCCUAUGAUCACUUGGAGUGUAGGAGGAUGGGGUUUCCUGCCCCCAGAAAGCAGCUAUCGAGCUGAGGAGGAAAUGAAGUCUGACUGGUUAGAACAGAGGAAGGAAUGGAGGUCCAAGAAAGGAUUUUCCAGGUCUCUGUCCCUGAUCUCUAAGGUGGAGCUAAUUCCCUUAUUCUGCAGCCUUGCUUUCUGGCCAGCAGCCCUGCCUCUGCCAGCUGCCCCACCCUUGAGGGACAGGACAGACCAAGGUUUAUGUAAUAGCUUCCUAGGUUCCUUCCCUUUAGAGAACAAGACAGGUUAUGCAGGCCCAGCCUUUGGGAGGACAUUGAGAGGAAAAAUUAAAGCAGUAGGCAUGAAUCCUGGGAAUAUCAUGGUCAUUCUGUCCACAGAUUUAGGGAAAUCCACCUACUGACUAGCUGUUCCAUAGGGAAAAGAAUUAAGAAACAGACCAGGAGAUUUGUUGUCUAAGCCCAGGGCAGGAUGAGGUCUGCCUAGUAACUGAUGAUGCUACACUGAAACAUUCAGCUAUUUGUCUCUACAUCUGUCCCCGCCUACUUGGCCAAUCUGACCUCUCAGUUUGGGACAACAGACAUAGAUGAGCUGGAAGGAGCAGGUUUAGUAUCCAAAAUCACUCAUCUAGUGGAGAUCCAGAAGCCCAAGCCGAUAUCUCAUUCCACUCAGAGUCUGGAGAUCAUCUACCCAGGCUGGGGCUUCUGGUGCAGGCGAGGACCCAAAGCCCCUGGAAGAGCCGGUCCAGGGGACUGAAUUUCUGCGUCUCUCCAGACUAGAGCAUGACCUCACUGCUGUGGCUGCUGCUGGGCCUCAGCCUGGGCUGCACAAGAGUAGGCAGCUUUGUGGCCCAUGUGGAAAGCAGCUGUCUGUUGGAUGAUGAUGGGACUCCAAGAGAUUUCACAUAUUGUAUCUCCUUCAACAAGGAUGUGCUCACCUGCUGGGAUCCACAAGAGGCCCAGAUGGUUCCUUGUGAAUUUGGGGUGCUGAAUCUCUUGGCGAAGUACCUCUCAGCCUACCUCAACCAACAUGAAAACCUGCUCCAGCGCUUGAAAAAUGGGCUCCAGGACUGUGCCACACACACCCAGCCCUUCUGGGGGUCACUGACCAACAGGACGCGGCCACCAUCCGUGCAAGUAGCUCAAACCACUCCUUUUAACACGAAGGAGUCAGUGAUGCUUGCCUGCUAUGUGUGGGGCUUCUAUCCAGCUGAUGUGACCAUCUCAUGGAUGAAGAAUGGGGAGCUCGUCCCCCCUCACAGUAACACACAUAAGAUUGCCCAGCCCAAUGGAGACUGGACAUACCAGACCAUCUCCCAUUUAGCCUUGACCCCCUCUAUCGGUGACACCUACACCUGUGUGGUGGAGCACACUGGGGCCUCUCAGCCCAUCCGACAGGACUGGACACCUGGGCUGUCCAAGACGCAGACGGCGAAGGUUUCUGUAUCUGCAGUGACUCUGGGCCUGGGGCUCAUCAUCUUCUCUCUGGGUUUGAUCAGCUGGAGGAGAGCUGGCUCCUCUGGCUACACCUACCUCCCUGGGUCCAAUUAUCCAGAAGGUCGGCACAUUUCCUAGAGGCGGAAUCCUACCUUUCUGCUCCAAGUGAGAAGGAGAUUCAAACUCUUAGUGCUGCUGCUGGGUCACUCCAAAAUCCUCAAACCCCACCCCACCACCCACUUUUUUGGAUCGUAUGGUUCCUCCAUACAAUUCUUUGAAUUUCCCUGUCUUCCCUAUGUAAGCAUUCGUACGUUGGAGGAACUCAUUCCUGGGAAUAUUCCGUAACCAAAUUAUUGUCUGAGGCUAUAUUUCUGGGGUGAAUAUAAUCUGGGGAGGGAGGUUGAAGGAUCCUCUUGGGGUCCCCAUUGUACCACAUUGUACCGAGUUGCUGGUGACCAUCUCUGCAGAGUAAACUCUAGUGGAAACAUUGUU